AUGGCGGAUGCCGAGUCUGACAUUAUUCGACUGGUCAAUGUGUCCCCACAGGACGUCUCGGACGAAGUUUUUGCUCAGGAGCUCAAGAAAAACCAUCAGUGCAAGAAACUCCGUGCGGCCUGCACGCAGCUAGGUCUGCAUCCUCAGGCCGAUCCUGUCCUAAACCAUAAGGAUGGCUACAUUCAGUUACUGAUUCGAUACCGACGUUCGCGGUGUGGGGAGGCGGUAGAACGAAACAUUGUGGGAUUAAAUUAG